AUGUACAGUAUAUAUGUACAGCCUGCAAGAAAAGUCUUCCAUCAAACGCGUAGCUCGACUCUAUGGGUUUCCCCCCCGCCCCCUUCUGUCUCCUUCUCCAUUCCCUUAUCUUCUCUCCUUGCACACCCCAAGCCUACUACGAAGACGAGGAGGAAUAGAAGAAAUGCCUCACCCGCCCUCGGCGGCCUUGGUAAGCGCCUUGGCACACACUCUUCUGUUCCAAUUCCUCUUGUGCCAGAUUGUGACAACUGUAUGGAUAAAGGGUACAAGUCGAAAGGGAGGCGCUACUGCAGGUGCUGGAGUUCUUGGAUCUCUUGGGUAUGUUUGGGUCAGUUAUCGAGUUGGAUGCGACGGAGUGGGUCAAUACAAGGAUGGGAGAAGAAUUCUGCCGAAGUACUGCCGGGUGUAGUGGAGAGCCUUUUGAAGACGAGCUCGAGGGCUGGGGUUUCUCUUGCACUGUAGGAAAAUAUAUCUGUAUGGAUUUGUAGUGGUGAUUUGGGGGACAAGGUCGGUCUUGGUGACUGGAUGAGACUGGGCUGUUUGGCUGCGGUAGAGGUUGUUGGAGAUGAAAGACGGGGCUGUGGAGCUUUGCUAGUAGAGGUCUGGCAGGAUGGGUGGUGCUUGGCUGCGAGUAGGCGUUCUCUGGAGGAUCUAUCUGUCU